AUUCAGAAGUGUAAGCAGAAGCAGAGGAGCCUUCCCCCCCAACUCACCAAACCCCGUCUUGGUGCACUCUCUCAUUCUUAGGGUUUCUAAUUUCCAUUUACUGCUUAUAAAACCAUUUAUUUCUUCUAUACCUCCUCCUCCUACUCUGUAGCCGCCGGCGAUCCAUCAAACCGCCGUUCGUUGUUUCUGCUUAGAUCCAUUCAAUCGACACUUUAAAGGUUUAUUAUCGUGUGGGAGAACUGGUCGCUUCUCUCUUGAAACACUUGUUUUGUUUGCAAGAUGGCUUCUGUUGCUCAGCUUCAUUAUUCUCCUCUUGCCGAAAACAAUCGUCAUCUGAAUCCUGCUAGGCACAUUCCUAGCUUCCAAUUACCAAAUUUUACCUGCAAAAAACUUGUCUUAAACUCCUCUCAGAAUUUCCCCUGUUCAUCUUUCCGAUCAAGGCCGAUUAACCCUGAUUUACUAUCUAAUCAACAACCUAAUACCUGUGCUGGUGGUGGUGGAGGUGGCAGUGGUGUAGGCCAUGGCAGUGGUGGUGGAGGUGAUGGUGGCAGUAGCGAUUGGAAUGGAGGUGGAAAAUCCGAUGACUCAUCUUCCCUCGACAGUUUCGGCCCAAUUGGUGCUUUUCUUAGUGGUUGGAGAUCACGGGUUGCUGCUGAUCCCCAAUUCCCAUUCAAAGUUCUCAUGGAGGAAGUUGUGGGUGUGAGUGCAUGUGUGCUCGGCGACAUGGCUUCUCGUCCAAAUUUUGGUCUAAACGAGCUUGAUUUUGUGUUCUCCACACUUGUCGUAGGAUCCAUCAUGAAUUUCACCCUUAUGUAUCUAUUAGCAACCACAAUGACAUCUGCAUCAGCAACCCUUCCUUUCAUUUUCGCCAAUUCACCCACAAGUCACAUGUUUGAGCCGGGUGCCUAUAGCCUCAUGAACCGGGUAGGGACCUUUGUGUAUAAAGGAACAGUUUUUGCAGCCGUGGGGUUUGCAGCUGGUUUAGUUGGAACCGCUUUAUCAAACGGAUUGAUUAAAAUGAGGAAAAAGAUGGAUCCAAGUUUUGAGUCACCAAACAAGCCUCCACCCACGGUUUUGAAUGCCUUCACUUGGGCGAUUCAUAUGGGUUUGAGCAGCAAUUUCAGGUACCAAACUCUGAACGGGAUUGAAUUCGUACUGGCAAAGGGGCUUCCACCAUUGGCUUUCAAGAGCUCGGUGGUUGGGUUGAGAUUAGUGAACAAUGUGUUGGGUGGAAUGUCGUUUGUGAUAUUGGCGAGGAUGACUGGAUCGCAAAGCUCUGGCGAAGAGAAGAAGAUUGGUGAUGAAGAAGUUUCAGAGGAGAAGAUGAAGUUGCUGAAUGAAAUUCCAUCCAAGUGAGUUGCAUUUCAUGUUUAUCCAUCUAACAUAAUAAAACAAGAUUAGGGGUUUUGUGAUGGUGAUGAUGUAAUUGUAGUUUGCAAUGGUAAGAGUGGAUGUAGAAUAAGCUUUUAUGUAUACAUUGUGCUUCCGUUAAGUCUUCUUGUGUGAUAUCACUUGAGUAGCUUUGUGAUGCAAUUCACACAAAAAAAGUGUUCUUAUUGGACUCUUUUUGGGUCUAAAUCUAAGAGCAUGUUUGUUAGCAGCU